CUGUGAGCCCUGUUCGGGCGAUUUUUACCUACUGAAGCCUGGGGAGAGCCGAGAGACUGAGGCGGGCGUUCCAAUUAGAACGCUGGGGCAAAGUGGAGACUUCUCUCGUGGCUGCGGCGUUCCAAAGAGAGAGAAAAAUCGCCUGUAGUCUGGGGGCCCGCCGCAGGCAGGGGGAGGGGGGCGCUUUCCCACAGACGGAUCAGCUUUUUGCAGCCCUUGUUGAGCAAGGGCGAAGAAUAGAGAUAACUGGGACCGAAAAAAUGAAUCGGAGUUUUAAUAAAUCUCAGAGUCUGCGGUUUUUCGAUUGCAACGCAGUGGAAGUCAAGAGUAAGUUUGGGGCUGAGUUUCGAAGAUUUUCUUUGGACCGUUACAAACCUGGAAAGUUUGAAGACUUCUACAAGCUUAUCCUUCACAUCCAUCACAUCUCGAACAUGGACGUGAUGAUUGGGUAUGCUGAUGUGCACGGUGACCUACUGCCCAUCAAUAAUGAUGACAAUUUCUUCAAGGCUGUCUCAAGCGCAAAUCCAUUGCUCAGAGUCUUCAUUCAAAGACAAGAAGAAGUAGACUACUGUAACUUUGGGACCAGCACAUUAACUAGGAAGAAGAAGGUCCUGGUUACCCUUCGUAACGAUAACCUCCGCCGGCGUCCUCACCUCAACAUCAGCAUGCCCCAUGACUUCCGACCAGUGUCUUCUAUCAUUGAUGUGGAUAUCCUUCCUGAAACCCAUAGGAGGGUCCGGCUGUACCGUCAUGGGUGUGAAAAGCCGCUUGGGUUUUAUAUCCGUGAUGGGACCAGUGUGCGGGUGACGUCCCAAGGCCUUGAGAAAGUCCCGGGCAUCUUCAUUUCCCGCAUGGUCCCUGGAGGCCUUGCUGAGAGUACAGGGCUGCUGGCUGUGAAUGAUGAAGUCUUAGAAGUGAAUGGGAUUGAAGUGGCCGGCAAAACCCUUGACCAGGUCACAGACAUGAUGAUUGCCAACAGCCAUAAUCUCAUUAUUACUGUUAAGCCAGCCAACCAAAGGAACAAUAUUAUUCGUAGCAGCCGGAUGUCUGGUAGCUCAGGUCAGUCAACAGACAGUACAGCCAGUCACCAUAGCUUGCCUUCUUCCCAUGCUGAACAGAACUUCCACCCUGAUGAAAUGGAGAGUGAUGAAGAGACCGACAUUGUCAUUGAAGGAGCUCUGGAGCCCCAGCAUGUCUCCAAAACGCCAAGUCUGCCUUCCAGCAGCCUUUCCCGGGUCAAUGGCACGACUUUCAGCCACAGGCUACAGAGGGAUCUCACACUCAACAACUCCAGUAGAGAAAGCAAUGGCAAUCUCCACAAACUACUGAGUUCCCUAAAAUCAGAUCCACGUCAUAGUCUGGUCAUUCCCAGGGGAGGAAUUGAAGAGGAUGGGACAGUGAUCACCCUUUAGUGGUUCCAUUGUGUACUCUUCUGUGUGUGUUUGUGAUCUGAAAGUGACUCAGAACAGAGAUGACUAGAACCACACACACCCAGGAUGAAAGGACCUAUAUUUUUACAAACCUCACCACAUGGAAGGAAAAGAACUGCAAGAAAUCUUAUUGAUUACAUGCAUAAUGGUCACAUUACAAAAAAAAAAAAAAAAACACUGGGGGAGAAAUAACACAGAAAGUCGCAAACCCCAUUUAAAAAUAAGUAGGAACUCAAUUGUGUGUUUUCUUGUUUGUCUUCAGUUUCCUUUUCCUGUUUUGCACGGUUCUUUCCAAGGGAUAGGUUGGAAAAUAGAAGUGUUCUGUAAUUAUAAUGACUUUGCAAAUGCAUAUAAAUUAUAUUUAUAUUAAUGCUUAAAUGCAAAAACUGGCCAUUUGCAAAUCAAUUAUAUCACAUCCAAAUGUAAUAAAAGCCUUAUUAAGAGUUUUUGAAAUAUGAAAUUGUUUGAUUGUUGUAUUAAAGAACAAUGAAUUUCAAAAUAAGUACAACCUCUCAAAUUAAAUAAAAAUAUAGUUUGCCAACAUCAUUAAUGGCCACUGCACAUGGGCAAAUCCCCUCUCCUUAUUUGCAGAUGUUUUACAAGUGAAUUUGGUUUGUACAUCUAUGCAUUAACUUUACAUACAAGGUUUAAGUAUAAGGAAUAAGGCUGAAUGUUUUUACAGACAUAUCUGAAUCUUUAUAAGGUACAGCUAUAAGUAUAUUUAGAAAAAAAAAGAAAGAAAAAUGCCAUCUUUCCCAUUUGUAUAAAUCAGUAUAAUUACAUUACAAUAAAUAUUAUCAAAAUAGGCAUUUGAAGGUAGGUGAUAGUAUCAUCCAUUACUUUAAAAAUUCUGAAAUCCCCUUUUGAAGGAGGGACUUGAUUUUCUUUGCCAACAUCUAAAAAUAACUAGGCACAUAAACCAGGAAGAAGUGUUUUAAAAAAAAAAAAAAAGAAGAAGGAAAGAACCUAGAGAGCCCAUAGACUUGAUUUUUCCCAAUGUCUGAAGGCAAUUUCAAAAAUAUCUGAGCAAUGUCAGUGCUUUGGGAUAAGUAUGUGGCCUCCCAAGGUGACUAUUUUGGAGGAUAACAGUCAUCUGAAUAUUUAAGUUCUGAAGCAGAGCUGAAGCAUAAAUAUUUGUAUGUGUGUGUACACAUGUGAAUAUAUGUAUGCAUAAACACACAAGUUUCUGUCUGUAUAUGUAUGUAGAAAUGCCUAUGCAUAUGUACACAUGUUAAUAAAUGUGUGUAUACAUAUACAUGAAUCAGAAUUUACAUAGUCAAAUAACUGUGUCAUAAAGACGUGUUCUUUGAGAAGGGUAUGAACUUAUCCCACUAAUGCUUCCAGUGCUCCAUAGCUACAAAAAGUUGUGAAGUAGCCUUCAGAAUGUAUAUAAAUAUAUAUAUAUAUAUUAUAUGUGUAUGUCAUAUAAACAUGUUUGUCCACAUAUACAUGCAUAUAUGUAUAAAUAUAGCAUGAUAUAUACGUAUGCCACAUCUAGACAUAUGAACACAUAUGCUUAUGCAUACACAUGCAUGUAUUUAUACAUAUAUUGUUAUAUUGUAUAUAUGUCUGUAUGUAUAUAUAGAAGCAAUGCAUAUAUUCACAUAUAUUUAUGUAUGAAUAUAUGUAUUAUUUAUAUGAAGCCAUCUAUAUAUACAUAUAUGAUCAUGUGCACAUUUGUAUGCAAACAUGUUUAUAGGGUACAUAUGUGUAUGCAUACAUGUUUUUUUUUAAUAAGUUUUUGCAAGUCAUAUAGAACGUACUGCUUUUUAACAAACAAGACCAAUGUUACCUUGCAAAUCCUAAUUCCAUAGUUUUUAUGGCUAUUUCCCCUUUAUUCUUCCAGGAAUGUGUUUACAUAUUAACUAAUUUUAAAGAUUUCCUAAUGCUCUAGUUAAAUUUUAUAUGAAAUGUAUUUUAUUGGGGGGCGGGAACACAUUCAACAUCUAUUCUUUGAAAAGUUCAUCCCAAAUAAAUUUUUGUAUAAAUAUGUAUGUGUAAAAUAUUUUUUUUAAACACUGCAACAGAUGCAAAAAGCUAAGGCUGCUGAAUUCCUGAUUCCUUUUAGAUCAGCACCACUUACUGGUCAAAGGAAGUACUGUUUUGAGAUAUAUUUCAUGUAUGGCAUAUACUAUAUAUUGGAAGGAAAACAAUUGACUUAAGGAGUUUUGAAUGAAUUAUGUGAAAAAAAAAUCUCUUUUGGAAAAUAUUUAUAUCGGACAGAAAUUGUGUAUUUUGGUAGUUGUGGUUCUCUUCACCUGUGCUAGUUUUUUUUUUUUUUUUUUUUUUUUUUUUAUACUGUGGGAUGCAAACAGCUUUAAUAAGCUUUUCUGAUCCACAAUAUAGAGAUCAGAGAUGAUCCUACUUUUAGGGGUCUAGGGGAAAAGACUCAAGCAAGAUGAAUAUAAUACAUUGUAAUGAAAAAUGCAAUGGAACUUUUUUUUUUUUAGCUCAUCCAGAAUGCAAAUGUUACUUGAGCAAACUGUUGUUUUCAUCAUGUGAACCCUAACAAUCAUGCUGAAUAUACUGCUCAUUAUUGACUUGCUUGGUUCAUUUAGUAAUUUGUUUUCUUGGCCAAAGUCAAGAAGCCUUUUGUAUCAGCCUACUUUUGUUGCCCAAUUCAGAAAAUUGCUAUUAAAAAGGAAAAGAAAACUCAGUUGGAAAUGUCUUCAAUUUUAAGAACAAAGUGUAUUUUUCUACCUUCGGCUACUUGUCAUUUUCUUUAAAAAAAAAAAAAAAAGAACUUUGUAGUAUUGCUUAUUAAAGUUUUGGUUUUUGUA